CUCACAUUUAUACUAGCGCUUGGCGUGGCUAGGAGAAAAUGGGGAUGCCUUGCGCCUGCCUCACGCCUUCUCCAGAUUUUACAAGCUCGAUCAGCUGGAAGCAUCGUGGGCAGCUUUAAAUCUCUCCUGCGAGAACUUUCAUCGCGGAUGGAUCGUUCUUGAAGAGCAAAAGGGGGAACGAAGCUUUUUCUCUUGGUCACUGAAUCACGCUCCAAUCCAUUCCACUCCAGUCUCGAUCGAAUGGCUCCGUGGGUUCUUCUCAUCAAUGCCACCAAGAUCGUUGGCGCCGCUGGAGUCCUCACCGUGGCUGCAAACACGAUUGGCUAUCUCCAGUUUCGCAGAAAAAAGCUAGCUCCGUUUGAGUGCCCAAUCGAUGAGAGCCAGGAGCUUCUCGCAAGCUUUCCAAUCGACAAGCCUGCUGAAGAUGGAGGAUUUUUCUUCGCUCUAGCAACAGCCCCAGCUCACGUCGAGGACAACCUCAACGAUGCAUGGCUUGAAUUUGCAAGGGAGACUGUUCCCGACAAGCAAGAACAGGAGUUUAUCCAAGAACGAGAGAUGGACAGAGACGAUGCGAGAAAAGAUGAGAACACUUUCCGGCAAGCAUCAGACGAGCUGUUGGCGUCAAAGUCCAAAUCUGCGACGGCUGGAGAACUCACGGAGUGGGAAGUUGUCGAUGAGAAGGAAAAAGCGGAAAGAUCGAAAUCUCCCAAGAGUGACCAGAUUUCUGAGGAACAGGUGCUGGAUUCGAGCUUGAUAAGGAAAGAAAGUGCUACUCCUCCGGCUCUUCUUCGAGCCAAGAGCACCACUGAAGAGCCGCGUUUGCAAUUCAAUUAUCCAAAGAAAGGGAGGAAGCUUGCCAGGGUGGCUAUGGAGGCCAUGAUUCGAGGCAUUGAAAGGUUCGCUGAGGACGAAGAGCCGGAGGAUGCCAAGCUUAAUGUAGCUGCCUGGCACAACGUUGUUCACCCUGAAGAACGGGUUCGAUUUUGGAGCGAUCCAGACACCGAGCUCCAACUCUCGCAAAAAACCAACGUCACUGUGUUUCGCAUGGGAGUGGACUGGACGAGGAUAGUUCCUCUGGAGCCAAAGGACAUCUCGUUUGAGCAAGCAGUGAAUUGGAGCGCGGUGAAGCGAUACAAGCAUAUAAUCGAGCGAGUUCGUGCUCACGGGAUGCGAGUCAUGCUCACGCUCUUUCACCACUCUCUUCCUCCCUGGGCUGCGAGCUAUGGUGGCUGGAAGGAGGAACGAACUGUCAAGUAUUUCCUGGAUUUCACGAGAUUGGUGGUCGAAGAAUACGGAGAGAUGGUGGAUUUCUGGGUGACAAUUAACGAGCCGCACGUCUUUGCGAUGCUGACUUACUGCGCUGGAGCGUGGCCGGGUGGUCAUCCGGAUCUGUUGGAGACCGCAACCGCGGUGAUGCCGAGAGGAGUGUUUAAUCGAGUCAUGGAUUUGAUGGCCGAUGCUCACAACCAAGCUUACGAUAUCAUCCACGAAAUAAGUCGAAGACGAUCCCAGACGACUCAAGUUGGGAUAUCUCAUCACGUAUCUUUUGUUCGUCCGUACGGUCUUUUCGACGUCUCGGCAGCCGUCAUUAGCAACUGGAAGACACAUUUUCCAUACGUUGAUGCUGUGUGUAAGAAACUGGAUUAUCUCGGCCUCAACUAUUACGGUCAGGAGUUCAUAUCAGCACCAGGAUUAAAGCUGGUUGAGAACGAAGAGUAUAGCGAGUCAGCACGAGCGAUAUAUCCGGAUGGGCUCUAUCGUGUGCUCUUGGCAUUUCACGACCGAUACAAGAGCUGUGGCUUCCCUUUUAUCAUCACUGAGAAUGGAGUCUCGGAUUGCACAGAUUUGAUUCGCAGGCCUUACAUCAUCGAGCAUUUGCUGGCCAUUCGUGCUGCCAUGAACAAGGGUGUACCAAUCCGAGGCUAUUGCUUCUGGACCGUCUCGGACAAUUGGGAGUGGGCUGAUGGAUAUGGUCCGAAGUUUGGAUUAGCUGCUGUGGAUCGCCGAAACAAUCUCGCGAGGUGUCCACGACCCUCGUAUUAUCUCUUUGCAGAGCUCGCAAGAACUGGAAAGGUCACGAGAAAGCAAAGAGCUACCGCUUGGAAGGAGUUGCAAGACGCAGCUGCUAAAGGUACCAAAAGACCAUUCUAUCGGGCGGUGGAUGCAAAUGGUUUGAUGUAUGCUGGGGGUCUUGACGUUCCAAUCGAGAGACCAUUUGUCCAAAGAGAUUGGAGGUUUGGCCACUAUGAAGUGGAUGGUUUGCAAGAUCCACUCAACAGGGCGCUGAGAGCCGUGUUUCGAGUUCUCUUGUUUAGAAGAAGUAAGCCAGGAACGAAGGCUAGCUUGGAUAGUGACCAAGUCGAACAAGUUGACACCAUGAAUCAACAAGAAGAAGAAGAAGAAGAAGAAGUUCGUGAGGAAGCUCCACAGGAAGAGGUCCCAUUGACUGUAUAACAAGAAAUUAAGAAAUUAAAUGGAAGGAUACAAUUAAAAUUUA